AUGAAGUGUCCAUGCAGGACCAAAAAUGACGUAGAGGAGGAGCUAAACACAGCUCCACUAGACGAGCAACAGCAGACAGACAAUCCGCAGAUGGCUUACACACCUCCGCCCAUCACAAAGCUACAGAACAGUUUCCACCGACGCCACCUACCUCAGAGCUGCAUCGCCUUCUCCAGUCCGGAAGGCCGCAAACUCUUCACCGAAGCCAUCAACAGCAGCACAAACUACAUGCAAAUCUACUUUCCGUUGGCCGAACAGUUCACCACACAGGCAGAACCUGCGUACUGCGGCUUGUCAACGCUGUCGAUGUGUCUUAACGCCCUACAAAUCGACCCUGGCAGACUGUGGAAAGGACCAUGGAGAUGGUUUAGUGAAGAACUCUUCGAUUGUUGCACGUCUCUUAGUGUGGCCAAAGAGAGAGGCAUCAGCAUGUCGGAGUUCAUUUGCUUGGCACGCUGCAACGGCGUCCUGACGGAGGAUUACCGAGCUACGAGUGACUUUACACUGGAACAGUUCAGGGAAAUCGUUAAGCGCAGUUGUGCUACGAGCUCAGAGAUUGUAGUACUAAAUUACAGUCGUAAGGUGCUUGGGCAGACCGGAGACGGCCACUUCUCACCCAUUGGAGGAUAUCAUGCCGAGAGAGACAUGGUGUUGCUCAUGGAUGUGGCGAGAUUCAAGUACCCGCCACAUUGGGUGAAGCUCUCACGUGUGUUUGAAGCCAUGAGUUUAGUGGUCAAGGCCAUGAACAAGCCGCGUGGUCUAGUAAUUCUGCGAGCAGCACCCCCUGCAGAACAUUAUCAUCCUGAAGAACAAACGGGAACUCCGGUGGCACCAGCUCCGCAGUCAUGUUGCUACAGCAUGUCGGCCGUGCAGGCGGCACGACGAACGGCGAGUCACACUGCAACGAUGCAGCGUUAA